AAUUUGAUAUGAUUCUGACGUAAACAAGUCCGUUGUCAAGGAGAAAUGAAGUAAAAAUAGAAGGACUAAUUGGUCAUUAAUGUAAAGAGUUGGACUUGGGCGUAUUUUUCUGAAGAUAGAUAGACUUCUGGUUUCCAAUGACAGUUAUGCUAUGCUUGUUCAUCUGGUUCCUGGAGAGCAAAAGAGAAAGCGAGAUGAUAGGUUUAAGUUGCAUCUGCAUUAACAGAGCACCCAUUCUCUCAUCUCUUUCAGAUAGAAGUAAUCCUGAUACUAAUCCCCAAGUUCGCAGGAUCAAAACCGGUAUCCCACUACAACCGCCGGCGGGAAAACAACAAAAGGAGAAGAAACCCUCAGUUGCAGAAAUAGAACGAGCGAUUGGUGCCGGUAUUUUCAGAGACCGUGACAUCAACAGGGAACCUGAGCAGGAGAAGACUCUGUUUGAUUCGAUUUUGUCAAAUUCAAUAGGGAGAAAGGAAGGAGAUGUGGAGAAGAAGCUUCGAGAGACUGGUGAAUGGAUUAUUGAUCAAACUGAAGCCCCAUCUCGCUCUACUGGGAAGAAUAUUUUGAAGGUGGUGUUCUUAUGGAUCCUUCCAUUGUGGAUGGUAUCGUUUCUUGUGGCUUUUGGGGUCAUAAAGCUACCAUUCAUCUCCUCAUUUCUUGAUGACCUCAUCAUGUGAUAUGAUAACCAUAUACUUUUCUUUCUAUCACAUCUGAUAAGAAUGUUUUUGUAAAAUAGAGGUGUUUUCGUUUGAACCUCCAUAUAUAC